AUGGCGGCAACAGACUCGCAAUCGAGGCUAGGUCAAGAGGCGCGCCUCGUCGACGACGGCAUCACGCCGUCAGCGCCGGCCGGCCGCGGUCGCCUCCAGGAGACGGUCCAGUCAAUUGGAUCGCUGGCAAAGGAUCCUAAGGCAGCCUACUCGCUCGCCGCCCUGUUCGCGCUCGCCAGUCCCUUUGGCUUCGCAUCGCCCGAGCAGGCGGCAGCCGAAGCGGCGGCCAAGCUGCAGCGCCAGCAGCAGGCCGCCAAGGCUGCGCAAGCCGCCUCUUCGCACGGCUCGUCGUCGCUCGCCGCCCGCCUGGUGGCCAACGCAAAGGCGCAGAGCGUGCGCCGCGCCACGGCCGCCUCGACGCUCCGCGCCGUCCCGCCCUUUUGGCAGCUGGCCGGCUUCGCCGCCCUCUUUGCCACGGGCGGCUACAUCAUCGACCACGGCGACGCCCUCAACGGCAGCGGCGUCGUCAGCGCCUGGUCCAUCACCUUUCUCCUCUUCCGCACCCUCCCCACCCUCAAGCUGCUCCCGCGCAGCCCACUCGCCCUCGCCCUCUCGACCUCGGUCGCCACGCUCGGACUCGGCGUCCACGGAUGCCACUACUUCGACCAGACCAGCUGGCGCGGUGCCGUACCGGGGCUCUCGACCGAGCUCGGGCAGCAGUCGGCCGCGGCCGCCGCAGCGGGUGCGCAACGUGGCGGGUUUGGCGGCCCUCCUUCCCGCCCUGCGACGCCGCAGCAUAGCCUCCUCUCGAGCUGGAAGGAAGAGGGCGUUCGAGCCGUGCAGAAAGUCGAAGACCGCGCAGAGGACCUGGCCCAGCACACCGCCGACCGCACACGGAGCCUGCUCGGCGCCCCUCCGCCGACUCUGGCACGGAACAACGACGAGGCGCGCGCCCUCGCCUACGCGCGGAGAGAGACCAAGGCACGCGAAUCGAUCUGA